UUGGAGAUACAGUGGAGUCGGGCUGGGAUUUUCUGACGCCGUAUGUUUUUCUUAAAAUAUCUGAUUUCGUACUUUGUCGGGGUUCGUCUACCGUGCGCGAUCGGCGCCGUAAUCGGCAGUGGAAAUGAUGAACUCCAGUGUCGACCUGUCGCGGCGGAAUCCGCAGGAGGAUUUCGAGCGGAUCCAAAGGAUAGGAAGCGGCACAUACGGAGAUGUGUACAAGGCUCGUAAUGUAAACACAGGAGAGCUGGCUGCUAUCAAAGUCAUCAAACUGGAACCGGGUGAGGACUUUGCUGUCAUCCAGCAGGAGAUCAUAAUGAUGAAGGACUGUAAGCACUCCAACAUUGUCGCCUACUUUGGCAGUUAUCUCCGGAGAGAUACGUUAUGGAUCAGUAUGGAGUACUGUGGAGGAGGCUCUCUGCAGGACAUCUACCAUGUCACUGGGCCUUUGUCAGAGUCACAGAUUGCCUACAUGUCGCGGGAGACCCUGCAGGGUUUAUACUAUCUACACAAUAAAGGCAAAAUGCACAGAGACAUCAAGGGAGCCAACAUCCUCCUGACAGACAACGGCUAUGUUAAACUAGCUGACUUUGGCGUAUCGGCCCAGAUCACAGCAACUCUGGCCAAGAGGAAGUCAUUCAUUGGAACUCCUUACUGGAUGGCUCCUGAGGUAGCUGCAGUGGAGAGGAAAGGAGGCUACAACCAGCUGUGUGACAUAUGGGCUGUGGGCAUAACUGCAAUAGAGUUGGCUGAACUACAGCCACCCAUGUUUGACUUGCACCCAAUGAGGGCACUGUUCUUAAUGACCAAGAGUAAUUUCCAGCCUCCUAAAUUGAAAGAUAAACUCAAAUGGACAAAUAACUUCCACCAUUUUGUCAAACUAUCCCUGACUAAGAACCCAAAGAAGAGGCCCACAGCUGAGAAGCUGCUGCAGCAUCCUUUUGUGUCUCAGCCUCUCAGCAGGACACUGGCUAUUGAGCUGCUGGACAAAGCCAGCAACCCUGACCACAGCACCUACAACGACUUUGACGAUGACGACCCCGAACCUGAGUUUAAGUACAGGGGCCAUUUCCUACCCAUAAGCCCCGGUGCUCGACGCGCACCCCGUUUUGCAGCCCGUUGGAAGUCUCCGGUCUCUGUUCCUCACCGUAUUCGUUCCACAAGCAGGAGCACACGAGAAGGGAAGACACUGUCAGAGAUUAACUUUGGACAGGUGAAGUUUGAUCCUCCGUUGAGAAAGGAGACGGAGCCCCACCAUGAGCCGCGUGGUUCUGAGCCCUAUCUGGACUGUGUUGAGGAGCUCUACUAUACCGCGAGAUCUAAUCUGGACCUGCAGUUGGAGUAUGGCCAUGAUUCAUCAAGUCUGCUGGGAGGAAACAAGAGUCUUCUCAAAUCUGUGGAGGAAGAGCUUCAGCAGAGGGGCCAUGUGGCACACUUAGGGGAUGAUGAGGAUGAGGAUGAUGCAGAUGAUGAUGAAACUCACACUCAUAAAUCGAGCACCAUCAUGAGGCCAAAGGUCCCGCCCCCACUUCCUCCCAAGCCCAAGUCCAUCCGUUCGUCCCAGCAGCAGCAUAAACUAGAUGACAGCCACUCGCACAGCGAGGACGACAGUGGCGGUGGAGGGACCAUCAAACGCUGUCCAGUCCCACAGACGGCAAGCCCAGCUAGGCCUGCCUCCAAUGUUCCCCCGCGUCCCCCGCCCCCGAAGCUGCCGCCCCACCGCCGCAGUAGCCUAGGUAACGAGAGCCCGAAGUGCACGGACGUGGAAAACUCUGCCCCAGAGGAUGAUGGGAGCUUUAGGCAUUUCUGGGAGUGGCUCCACACACCUCACACAGAGGAGGAGCUGGAGGAGGCAUGGGAGGUGCUGAAGGAGGUGAAAGAGGAGCAGGAAAAAAAGGAGGAAAAUGAAGCGAGUAAUGGGCUUAACGCUCCACACAACGGUGAGAGGGACAGUCCAGCAGAAAGACAGUCCACCAUGCCCCCUAGUGUCCCCGUACGGAAAGAUAAGAAGGAUGUUCCGAUGCCGAUCAGUAAUGGCCUCCCACCUACACCCAAAGUCCAUAUGGGUGCAUGUUUCUCCAAGGUGUUCAAUGGCUGCCCGCUGAAGGUCCAUUGUGCCACUUCCUGGAUCAACCCUGACACCAGAGACCAGUAUUUGAUAUUUGGAGCUGAAGAGGGGAUCUACACAUUAAAUCUUAAUGAGCUUCAUGAGACUACAAUGGAACAGCUCUUCCCUCGGCGGUGUACUUGGCUAUACGUCAUGAACAACUGUCUUCUUUCCAUAUCUGGAAAAGCCUCCCAGCUGUACUCCCACAGUCUGAGUGGUAUGUUCGAACAGGCCCGACAGUUACAGAAGUUACCAGUAGCCAUUCCCACACACAAACUGCCUGAUAAGAUCAUUCCCAGGAAGUUUUCUGUAUCCAAUAAAAUCCCAGACACUAAAGGGUGCCAAAAGUGCUGUGUUGUGCGUAACCCAUACACAGGUCAUAAGUACCUGUGUGGAGCCUUCCAGUCCAGUGUCAUGCUGUUGGAGUGGGUGGAGUCCAUGCAGAAGUUCAUGCUCAUCAAGAAUAUCGACUUCCCGUUGCCGUGCCCUUUGGAGGUCUUUGAGAUGCUGGUGGUCCCGGAGCACACCUACCCUCUGAUCUGUGUGGCAGUCAGUAAAGGCACAGAACUCAACCAGGUCGUCCGGUUCGACACCGUCAACCCCAACUCUACCUGCUCCUGGUUCACAGAAUCAGACACACCACAGACGUGUGUGAUCCAUGUCACUCAGUUAGAGAGAGACACCAUCUUAGUCUGCCUCGACAGAUGUAUAAAGAUAGUGAACCUCCAGGGUCGGUUGAAAUCCAGCAGAAAGCUGUCAGCUGAGCUGACUUUCAACUUCCAGAUUGAAGCCAUAGUUUGUCUUCAAGACAGCGUACUGGCCUUCUGGAGGCACGGCAUGCAGGGACGAAGUUUCAAGACCAAUGAGAUCACACAGGAAAUCUCUGACAGCACACGCAUCUUCAGACUACUGGGAUCAGACAGACGUGUUGACUGUAGACAUCCAGAGGCUGAGGACAGAGGCCUCUCUCUGCCCAGAGUGGUGGUGCUGGAGAGCCGGCCUACAGACAACCCGACCGCCCACAGCAACCUCUACAUCCUGGCAGGCCAUGAAAACAGCUACUGAGACACACACACACACACACACACACGUACACAAACACACACGUACACAUGCACCAUCAACAGCUACACCACUAAUGCAAACAAGGGAGCGAGCGGUCGAGAAAUCCGCUCAGCCCAAACACACGCUAAACCCUUUCAUCUUCUCACCCGGCCUGUCGGCAGUGUAACUGGAAAAUGAGUAGUUCACUGGUGCGGAUUGUGGAUUCCCACUCGCAGAGGUUUAAAACGCACCAGAGUGUUUUCAUGUGGAUCAGGUCAACAUGGUGUAGUAGGACAGCGGGUCGUGGACGAGGGUUCAAACGGCCUGCCAGUUCAGUGGUGCGAUUAUCUGGGGAAUCUCUUCUCUGCUUCUUAAGAGUGACUUUAGCCCAGAACUCCAACAGCAUCUACACCUUCCCCUGCAUACUACACACUGGGAAAACAGCAUCCUGCACAGAAGUUUGACUUCAACACUACGUCUACUACUAAUUCUUGUACACACAUUAGUACUACUGCUACUUUCACUAAAGCUUCACAGAACAGCCAUCUUGCACAGAAAAUCUCCUCUUUUCUCCUUUGUAGUUUUCUCCUCCGUCUCCUCCUCCUCCCCCCUCUUUACCCUUUCCUCCCUUUUUAAACUACACCUUUAUUUAUUGUGGCAUGAUGUAACUUUAACAAUCAGGAUGGCUUUCCUGUUUUAUAAUUAUUAUUAUUUUUUUUUUAAAAGGAUAUAAAAGAGAAAGUGGACCCAAAACAAAUCUCCGCCACCUCCACUAGAAUCGAAUUUCAGUACCCGCCACCCACCACCACACAAGUGCUUAUUUGACCUCUAUUUAAUUCUUGUAAAUAUAAAUGUGGUAUUUUUUUGACAGAGACGAACACUAAAAAGACCGGUCAUGUAGAUAAGCGUGUGUAUAGUUGCUCUGUAUAAUUGUGGAGGCUAGUAGAGACGGGACAGAUGUGGAGGAGAGAGCCGGGGCAGCGGAUUCACUUCCUGUUUCCCUGAUCAUGUGAUGAAGUUCAGGAAGUGAGGAGUGCUGUGGUCUCCUCAGGUGGACAGCUCUAGCAGGCUAAUAUUAUUCUAAUAUUGAUCAGAAGCUCAGGAUUGGACUGAGCAAACAGGAAGCGGCACUGAUUUUCAUUUUCAUUUUGCAUGCAUCACCAUCGAAAACUUCCUGCUUGUGUGUACCCUAGCAACUGUUGUCAGGGCAGCAUCUGUUAAUUUAAGUUUCCUGCUUUCAACAUCAUCUGUUUUUUAUUAUUAUUACGUUUUAAUCAAGCUUUUUUUCUUCAUUGCUUUUUUUUAUUGAACCACUGGUGUUAAAAAUUUGCACAGAGGAGAAAAAAAAACGUAUUUGACAAGCAAAUGUGAUGUCAUUAUAUGACCUUGUGUGUAUGCACAGUGUGUGUAUAUAUAUAUUUGUGUUUGUGUGUGUAGACAUAGAGUAUGCACAUACGAGUGCGUCGUGUACAGAUCUGGACUUUGAGUGACAGCUGUGUUUCUGCCUCUUGGGCGGGAAAAAAAAGAGGAUUGAUUUACACAGAAAGAAAAAUUACUUCUAUUUAUCAAGUCCACGUUGUGUAUGUUAAAUUAUAGCCUUGAAUAAAAUAGGAUUUUCUGUUUGAUACAUUUUUAACCAGCUGCAGAAAACCGCCCAUAAUGAUGUAAUAAUCCCAUUUUAAUCCAGAUAAAACCUGCGUAUUGAUAGAAAUCGGGCAGAUGAAGGGUGUUGGUUAAAUCACUAGGGUAUGUAGUGAUACUGAUACUUCAGUUUCAAACCAAUUUUGCUCAGUGAUAAAAGAGAUUUUCCCAGAAUUAAUGCUGCAAAUUGUACAAAAUGUGGACCUUUAAACCUGGUGCAUCGUUAAAAAUAUUGUUAAAAACUGACCUUGAAGUAGUUACAUUAACACAUUAUUUAUGAAGACCACACAGUGAUCAAUGGUGAACCUUAAAAACCCAUACAAGUUCGAAAUAUACAGGCUAGAAGUGCAUCAGACGGCUUCACGUAGUUACUAAGUUGUCCACCAGGGGGUGCUGUGAGUGCCGCUUUUCCCACAUUUAUGCUCUCAGACAGUCGUGACAGCAAAGCGUCUGAAAAGCAGUGUGUGGAAAUAUUCUUGUUGCCGUUAACUUGCAGUAACGAGAAACCCUGAAUAGAUAAAGGAUCUCGUUCAUAUGAAAAUCCCCGUAAACUACGUUUUUUUUAUUUCUGUGUAACUCGUACAUCUGCUUCCUGUGACUCAUGGCUGUGGCUUUUAAAGGCCAACAUCUGAGGGCUCACUCGUGCUACACGCAUGUAGCCGUGCACCGUGUGGUUGUGGCAUGUCGUGUGUAGCAGAGUCCGCACGUGUGGCAGUACAACACUAACUGGACUCUACAAGCUGUGACACUAGAGGACGAGAAACACUAGUUUAGCAAAAAGCUACGACGCCAUCUCUGCUUGCGACAUAGCAUGAGGCUUCAUUCAUUCAUCCAAGUAGAAAUGUAUUGUUCUUCUUUUGUCACCACGGAUACAGACGUGUGAGCCAUAGCAACCAGCCAAUCGGGUGUAAGAUCGGCAAGUGAAGGAAAACACAAAACACCAUCGCUAUAGUAGUUUAAAUGUGAUAAAUAAUCGCAGCUGUGGCAACAGUGA